AUGGAAGAACGCAUGAAUGAAAAUAUAGUUAAAUUGUAUUAUUUUACUUCCCUUUAUCGCCCAAGGAUACACUUUACCAUCGGUUCUAGCUACCUUAAAAGCGACGAAGAAGCGUUGCACUGGGAUCAGUACAUAAUGAAAAAAAGUUCAUGUAGAACUGAUGUCUAUGAAUAGGAUUUUAUUUUGGAAUACGAUUAAUAUCUGGAAUUUGUUUUUUGUAGUGAUAAUGAAGAUGAUACUAAAGUGAAAUGGGAGAAUCCUCGAUAAGACACAAAGCAGUCUUACACAAAGGGAAAUAACUUUUUAAUAGACUAAACAGGGGUUUUUGCAAUUUAUCAAGGGUAUAUAGUGAAAGUUAAUUAGUAAAAGCUACCUGAUAAGCUAGUUAUUUUUACAGAUAUCGAUGGAACUCUCUACGGAGAUUUCCACAUACAUGAGGCUUUUAAAAGAUUUUUUAUAACUAACGGACUAUUUUGUAAUGCAAACUUAAAGCUCGUGUAUUCUACAGGUAGAAAUCUAUAAAGCUUUAAAGAUUUGUAAAAGAAUGUUCAUUUGCUUUUUCCUGAUAUUUUAGUUGGUUCUUGCGGCUCUGAAAUAUACUAACUUGGGACAUCGUAAGAUGAAUUUGAAACGAAUCCAUAUAAUUAAAAUUAAGCUUGGAUUUAAUAUAUCACUCAGGAUAAUUGGGAUUUAUAAGCAUUAUAUGACUUUGUGAAGAAAGAAUUUCCAGCUGCAUGGCCAAAUUUGAGUGAAGGAGUCAGUUUAUAUAAAGGUUCUUUCCUUUUAACUGAAAAAGAUUCUAGAUAAAGAGAUAAAUUAGAUGUAUUGAUGAAAAAAGCGUUUUUAGAGCUUAAAUAAAACUGGAAAUAUAUAAUAUCUGGCCACGGAAAUCAUAGAUUCUUGGACAUACUUCCAGAGAGAGCAGAUAAAGGAUCAUCUUUAUAGUUUGUUUGCAUGAAAAUUCUAAAAACUGAUUAUACAAAAUCUGCUGCCUUCGGUGACUCUUUGAAUGACGUAGAUUUGCUUUGUUGUGCAGGUUAAGGAUUUAUUGUAGCAAAUGCACAACAGGAUUUAUUGGACUGGUUUUCUUAAAAUUAGUCAAGGUUCUAAAACGUAAAAGUAAGUGCAUAUCAUGAAGGUGAUGCUAUUGCAAAAUAUCUUCAACAAAUACUAAAAGGAUAUAGCAAAUGA